UGAGUUUCCUUUUCAUUAGAAGGUCAUGCACGCCGCAUUGCUGUUGCUGCCUUUUCUGACAUCAGUCCUUCCUGCACCGAAAAGGGCUAAACCAGUGGUAAUUUCUAAGCAGAAGUAUGGAGACAUUGUACAGUUCCAACAAUUGAUGAAGAGAGGGAUGUACAAGUCCAGUCGCACAGAGAUCAAAAGAACGAAGUGGAAUCAUAAAGAUGGCAAGGGAAACAUCAUCAUACCAUACAUCAUCACUGCAGAGGAUUAUGAUGCUGAAGAAACAUCGAACAUUACCAAAGCAAUGAAACGAAUUGAGGAUCGUACUUGUAUACGUUUUGCAAAAAGAAGGAAUCAGAAGUACUAUGUGGAAAUUCGCAAUGUCAAAGACAAAGGUUGCUAUGCAUAUGUCGGUAGAAACAAAAGAGGCUUCAUAAGUGUGUUGCAGUUGGAGUCCAGUGAAGAAAACACUUGCAUGUCAAUACCUUCAAUUCUGCACGAGUUGCUCCAUAUUGUAGGAUUGUGGCAUGAACAAAAUCGUUAUGAUCGUGAUAUGUACAUCCAAGUGAACUACGAAAACAUAGGAAGACUUUACUACGCCCAGUUCAAGAAAUUGCCACACGUGGAUUCGAACAUUUACAAUGUGUCAUACGACUAUUUGUCCAUUAUGCAUUAUGACAAAGGUGCAUUCCCAAGAAAAGGGGGAAAAGGACUAAUCACUAUGGAAACAUUAGAUCCCAAGUACCAGGAUCUUAUCGGGCAUGCAACAGAUGCUACUGAAAACGACUACUUGAAAGUAUGUGAAAUUUACGCAUGCAAACGAUGUAAGCUCUCCAAAAGAAUCAGAAUGACAACAUUUAUUCUCUGAUGGAAAUUGUGACCCUCUCAAGAUUGAUGGUCUUUAUCUUGAAAUAAAU